AAAUAAUUUGAGGAUCAUGAAUCAUGACAGUAUUUUAUGAUGACGUCUGCUGAUUCAUCCGUUCUUGUUAAUCGUCGCGAGGAAACGUCAGGCGCUGCUGUCAAAGGACACAUUAAACUUGAAGAUGGUUUGAACAUAAGGGAUCUUCUAGAUCUAAAGGAUGCAUUCCUUGAUAUAACUGAGGGAAGAUCAGAUAAAAUAUCAUACUCUGAAUUUAGAGAGGCAUGUCAGACAAUACUUGGAUCAACUCAUGAAGAGCAAUUGAAAGAACUCUACCUGCAAGUAGAUGUGGCAGGAGAAGGUCAUAUUGACUGGGACAUGUUCUGUUCUCAUCUUCUGCGGCAGUUUUAUGAAAAAGAUGAUAAAAUGAAAGCAACAAAGGUUCCUCAGUGGCAGCGACACCGUCCUAUUGGUAGCCCUCACAAAGAAACAGUUCAACAUGUCGAUAUAUUGCAGAACCCAAAACGAUACAUCACCAUCAGCAAGGAAGGUAUGAUCGGGAUAUGGGACAUGAAAAUGAGGAUGACCAACACACUCAAAGUGGAGAGUGGUUUAGUGAAGUCAAGAAAUCUUUGGAUAACCAGUAUGGCUGUGUUGCAUAACCUUCCACACAAAAUAGCCAUAGCAAGCACCAGCAAAGAAAUUAUGAUAUACGACCUACAGUCAAAGAAAGGCACAUCAUGUACCUGCCGUAUACAAGGACUUCCAUAUGCCCCACUCUCUCUGCAUUACUGGAGUAGUCAAAGUGAAUCUAUUCUCUGCUACGGUGAUGUUCAUGGGAAUGUAACUGCCUUCCUCUUCGACAAAACAGACUCUCCCAACCUUUUUGAACCUACCUCCAGACCCUCAUCCGAUAGUGACGGUGAAGAUGUUACAGAGGUGCUGUACGAUAAGAUCCUAGCAGGACAUUACGAACAUGUUAAAGUAGUCACUCACAGAGGUCACUCUGGGUGGACUAGGAAAGUGAUGUAUGCUCCACAUUUGGAUUUGAUAAUAAGCUGUUCAACUACCAGUACUAAUUCACUGGUCCUGGGGAUGAAAGAGAAAAACAAAACACUCAUGAGAACGACUGCGUUUAACGUGCCUCAAGGGGUUAAUUGUUUCGACUACAACCCGCACAUGAACAUUAUUGCUACUGGUGAUGUAGAUCUCAUGGUCAGACUGUGGAAUCCUUACGUUAAGAAGCCUGUUGGCGUCCUAGGAGGUCACAUGACAUCUGUAACACACGUAAUACUGAACGGCAGCAGAGGUCAACUAAUCAGUCUCAGCAUGGACAAGACGUUUAGAAUCUGGGAUGUUCAGAGACAAGCCUGUCUUCAGAGACUUACUGGCAUCCUUGCUAAGGGUCCCGAUGUUCUGUACUCACCUGUACCCGUGACACUCCUGUUCGACGAGCCCAAGAACCGGCUGAUAAUGAGCUCAAACAAUCUCCUCUCCAUCAUGGACAUGAAACCAGAGAUGAAAGACAGGAUACUCAGUCACGAGAAACCCAUAACCUGUACUAAAUAUAUUGGCAGAACCAAACAGAUUCCAUUCUACCAGGUUUCCUCAGCCUGUCAGGGGUCCACAAUCACACUCUGGAACAUCGACACCGGACAGAAACUCAAACAGAUCACAAACGCACACGGAGAGUCUGAGAUAACAGCGAUGGUGAUAGACCUCCCCAGUAAACUCCUCUCAGGAAGCAGUGAUGGGACCAUCAAGAUCUGGGACAUCAACACAACCGCCUGUCACAGGGUCCUACAGGCUGGGAGAGAGGGCCCUGUUGAUAUUCUACAGGUCCUCUGUAUAAAGAGGCGAGUGAUAGCAGUGGGCUGGGAACGUGAUAUCUGCGUCUUCAGAGACAAGCAGCUAAUGAGCAGUGACUUUAACAUAACCCCUGAUGAGUGGAGCGGGAAGAGGGCCCACUCUGAGGACAUCAUGUGUGCUGCUUACCAUGCACCAGGACACUUAGCUACAGCUAGUGCGAAUGGAGAGAUAGUGCUAUGGAACCCAAACAGUGAGAAUAAGAUAAUGAAACUAGAGAGUCGCUCCAGUCAAGCUAUGAAAACACAGAGUACAGUUGAAAUGAUGUUGAUACUGGAAACAAGGCUAGAGAACCCGAAAGAGGCAGCUCUGGUGACGUGCGGGCAGAACGGUUGGGUCCGGUUCUGGAACUUACACAGUGGUAGCUGCGAGGGAGAGUUCAUAGCGCACCCUAACGUUGACAGCAUCACAAUGGCAGUUGAUCCAGAAAACCACCUGUUAGUGACGGCCGACACCUCCGGAGAAAUGAAGACCUGGCUUAUUGAAGGGUUCUGUGAUGGCACUGUGCUGGAUGAGGAAGCUGAACCCCUUCUUAAACCUGUGAUCUACAGACAGUGGACGGGGCACGGGGAAUGCAUCACGGAGGUGGAGGUGUGUGUCCGUGGUAACAGGGUUGUCAUAGUGAGUGCCAGCAGUGACUGCUCUCUCAAACUCUGGGCUCCUGACGGCAUGUGCAUUGGAACUUUCGGACAGGAAGAACAUUGGAAGCUGGAGUCGAUAGAGAUAGCGCCAGUACCUACCGUUCAAUCUGUGUUAGCAGAGAGGCAGAGAGAGGAAUCCUUGAUAUCUGAAAUAACGGAAGAGGAUGAUUUUGAGGAUGAUUUUGGGUUUGACAUGGACGAUGACCUGACCUCCGCCGACUUUGAUCCGAAUUACAGCUACGAGACAUGGAACACAACUAUACUAGGAAAGUCGUACGCAAACCAGAGAUCGCAAAAAAGACCCAGACGCCAGCCUCACAACUAUGCAAGACUGCCCCAAGUUGGGGCUGACCAGCGACCAAUAUCUGGUACACAGAUGGGUGGCCCUUCACAGGUACUGAAAGUUAGCGAUUUAGACUCGAUAGGGAUGCCUCAACGCCCCGACUUCAUGAUGAAUCCACACAAAUACUUUUCCGACGGUUUUUCAGACAUCCAAUCGAAAGGGGCCAAGUUACCGCCUCUCAGCUCCAGUGAAGUUAAAACAUCUCUGAAGUUUGAUGAGAAGAGUCUGUUCCCCAAGCACCUGUUGGAGGCUAGCAAGGAAGGGACAGCUGUACGGGGCCGCCGAAACAAGCCUGGUGGUAAAGCGGGGUCUAGUACCCGAGCCAGCAGUAGUUCCAACAACAAAACACCCACGAUACUGCCACGACUUCGGGCUACUGCCUUCUAGAUUAAUAUUCCACUUCAGAGCAUUGUAGGACUGCUGAUGUAGCUCCUUUAAGUUCAGAGCAUUGUAGGACCGCUAGUGUAGCUCCUUCAGAGCAUUAAGUAGGACCGCUGGUGUAGCUCCUUCAAAGCACUGUAGGACAACUGGUGUAGCUCCUUCAAAGCAUUGUAGGACCGCUGGUGUAGCUCCUUCAGGAUAGUUUUACAGCGAACUUUGAAAUAUCAGAUAGUAUUCGUGUCGUUGGUAGUAGGGCCUCUAAAACGAGAUGAAGUUUAAGUUAAGCUGUGGCUUCUGAGCUGAGCUCAUACGUUUGUAACUAUUAGUAUUAUAUCACUGGCCAAUCUUAAUUGCAAUGUUUAUGGAUGCGUAACUUGUGUUUCUUCAAUGUAAAUUUGUACAUAAACUGUAAAUAGGAUGAGCCGAGCCUACAGCUAUAGGGCAGAGAUUGAGAUAUUAAUAUUAUUAUUAUUCAGAUUUUCAGUAAAUAAGUGUUAUAAUAUAACCCUAUCAAAUUUUUAUAGCGUCCUUUUACAUGCUGAAAUUUAGAUUGAAAUCACAAAAUGGGUGUUUAUUUUGAUUUGUAUAGUUUUAAUUUGGUACCGCUGUAAUAUUCCAUUUAAUUGCAAAGUUUUAUUCACAAAUUUUAA